GAGCGAAGUAAGGGGCGGAGCCUCGGGCCGGGAGCAAAGAGCCAGCAGGGCAAGCGUCAAGAUGGCGGACGUCGCUGAGCAGGACUUGACGACCCUCAGCCUGGAGCAGUUGCCCACUGACCCGCUAUUACUCAUCCUAAGCUUCCUGGAUUACAAAGACCUCAUGAGUUGCUGUUUUGUAAGUCGUAGAUUAAAUCAACUUUCAGUCCACGAUCCAUUAUGGAAAAGGCAUUGUAAGAAAUACUGGCUUCUUUCUGAAGCUGAGAAGUCUCGAACAACUAAGAGCUGGAAAGCAAUUUUCAUAGAUAUGUAUGCUGAUUUGGGAACAUAUAUUCAGUAUUAUGCUACACUUAAAAAAGCCUGGGAUGAUUUGGAAAAAUAUUUGUUGCAGCAUUGUCCUCGGAUGAUUAGUUCUUUGAAAGACGGUGUUCAGGAAGAUGAUCUGGAUGCAGUGGAAGCACAGAUUGGUUGCAAAUUACCUGAUGAUUAUCGAUGUUCAUUUCGAAUCCAUAAUGGACAGAAGCUGGUUGUCCCAGGGUUGAUGGGAAGCAUGGCACUCUCCAAUCACUAUCGCUCUGAAGAUUUAUUGGACAUUGACACGGCAGCUGGGGGCUUUCAGCAGCGACUAGGACUGAAGCAAUGCCUUCCCUUAACCUUUUGCAUUCACACUGGAUUGAGUCAAUACAUGGCUCUUGAGAGCAUGGAGGGGCGCAAUAAGUAUGAAAUCUUCUACCAAUGUCCAGAUCAAAUGGCCCGUAAUCCAUCUGCAAUUGAUAUGUUUAUCACAGGUAAUUCCUAUUUGGAGUGGUUCACCUCCUAUGUUAACAAUGUAGUAACAGGUGCCUAUCCAAUCAUCCGAGACCAGAUUUUCAGAUAUGUUCAUGAAAAGGACUGUGUAGCCAAAACAGGAGAUAUUACUGUUUCAGUUUCCACAUCUUUCCUACCUGAACUCAGCUCUGUGCAUCCGCCUCAUUACUUCUUCACUUACAGAAUCAGAAUUGAGAUGUCCAAAGAUGCACUUCCAGAGAAGGCUUGUCAAUUAGAUAGCCGGUAUUGGAGAAUAACAAAUGCCAAAGGUGAUGUGGAGGAGGUUCAGGGUCCUGGAGUAGUAGGAGAAUUUCCAAUAAUUAGUCCUGGUCGAGUCUAUGAGUAUACUAGUUGUACUACAUUUCCUACUACAUCAGGAUACAUGGAAGGAUACUAUACAUUCCAUUGUCUAUACUACAAAGAUAAAUAUUUUAAUGUUACCAUUCCUAGAUUUCACAUGGUUUGCCCAACAUUCAAAGUAUCCAUAGCACGUAUGGAAACCAAUCACAAUGAUUGUGCCAUGGAUGAGGAGGAAGACUCGACAGAUACUGACGAAUAUGAAGACAGACAUAGAAUUCUAGGCAUUCCAAUUCCUUCUGGGCGUUGUCCACGUCAGACUUGAUCAGACUUUCAAAACAAUGUUUGGGGUUCUGCAGAUAGAUGAGUAUAUAUGUGUGUAUGUGUAUGUAUAUGCACACAUGCAUAUAUAAAUAUACAAACACACAUGCAUGUGUGUAUGUAUGUAUAUAUUAAAUUCUUGACUGUGGAAUAACUGAUAUGAAUGGUGAUACUGCUUCUGGCUUGUACCUGAUCAAGUGUAGAAACAAGAUUUUCCUUUGUUUUUCAUUUUGAAGAUGAUGUAAAGAUGGAAAUGCACUAGCAUGGGAACCUUUCUUUAUUAUUUUGAAAAACUUAGCAUUGGGAGUACUUUAAUAUUGUAUAUAUAAAAGUUAUUUAAAUGUAGAAUGGUGCUUGGUUUUUUUAUAUAUAUAAAACUGUAAUGGCAAAUAAAAUAGUAAUAGGCAUGUUUUGUAUUGUUACCUCUGACAUAAGUAAAUGAAAUAUUUAAACUGUUUAUGAUCUUUAGGUUGAAUUGGGUAUUCUUGUAUUGUUAAAAUUAGGACAUAUAACAGGAAACUAAAAUUAUUAGAAAUUGUCAUGUUUUAAAUCCUACAUUCAUUGUCAUAAUAGGUUUUCUACAGCCCUUCACUUUGAUUAUGAAAUGCAAAUUGCCUAUUACAUUUUCUCAUUAAUAACGUAAUAAAAUAUGUAAA